AUUGGAUCCUUCAUUUCCCUCAGGGUAAAGCUUCACCUUUUGCAAAUGUGCUCAUGACUCUUACAUAAGAGGCCCCCUAACACCAUCGCCUCGGGCCGCUCUCAGAUCUGUUUCAGCCGCACAGAAACAAACAAAUGACCUACAUCCUGAAUACUGAGGAACAAAAUGACAGAGUAAAUAAAUCAAAUGUACAGAUAAAGGAAAUAAACAUGUUAGUGUGAAGAAAAAUGAAACAUGACUAAUACCACAGAAAAAUAACAAGAGUCUGAUUUACUAAUGCAGCAAUCAUGUUAGCACGUGUCAUAAUAAUGAUAAUAAUAAUAAUAGUAAUAAUAAUAAUAAUAAUUGGAUAUCGGAGGAAAAAAGAACAAAUUCAGUCUGAUCCAGUAACAAAUGGAAAAGAUUGGAAGUGGAUUUGGAAACUAUUUGUGGCUGAACUGAAUAAAUAAAGCUGCAGUUUGGUGCUUUUAGCUAUGUAUUUUUUUCCCUGUAUUUUUGUAAAGUCCAUGUGUUUCCCAAAAAAGUGAAAAAAAUAUAAUUUUAAAACUUAGUAGUUUUUAAAGGGGGAAAAAUAUCGGUUGCAUUUCGUGAUCGGAAAAGAACUAUUAAUGUCUUGACCGUCUUUAUUAUAUAUUGUAUAUUAGCGAUCAUAAUUAUAAUCGUCAUCGUUGUCACCAUUGUCAUAAUGAUAGGUUUUAUUUGUUAGAGGCUUGUUUGGAUCGUUUGUCUGUUGUUCAGCAGUACCUGUAAAUAGUUUUACCCUGUGAAGAAUUAUGUACCUGUCAGGCAGCAUUUUGUGGAUGUUCAGUUUUAAGAAAAAUACACCCUCGCACUCACGAACAGCUGCAAGAGAGAAAAAGGUCAUUUUGUGCACAGCAGCAACUCAUGAAGCUCUUGAGUGCCAUCGUGAUGUGGAUUUAAACAAAACAGCACCACCACAUGUCGUGAUUCUUCACCUUAACAUGUGUUGUGUCUUUCUGUGUGUUGGUGCUGCAUGCAAAAGUUGUCUUUGCUGAGAUGUUGAGCUUCAGGACGUCUUUACAGGGACGUUUUGGACCCCAACACACACACACACACUUCUCGUCACUGUUUCCAUGAGGACAUUGACGAACGCGAACGUUCAGUGAGUUUCCUGUUCAUGUGAUUGCUGGUCACACUGGUGCGGCAAAAAUCCCAUCAGUCCAGGCCUGGACCACAGCAGAUGUCAGAACAGCCUUGUGAACUUGGCCUUUAUUUCUCCUCAGUUAGAUCCUGUUUACGAAGUUUUCAUUUCCUUAACGUUACUCAGACACUGCAAAACCAUUCAUAAACCUUUCAUUGGGGAAUCGUUGGGGAAAUUAUUUAUUUAUCGUCUUACCCUCUUUACUUUCUCCCCAAUCUGGCCUUGCCUAACAGGGAGGGUGAAGGCUGACGCAUGUUUCCACUGAGACACGUGAAGCUGGCUGAACGCAUCUUUUUUGGACUUCUGCUGCAUCACAGGGCGGCGUAACACACUCGUAUGCGGAAGAGGGCGGAUAGCGUUUUCCUCCGUGACCUCACAAACGCUCAUGAUUGGCUAGUGUCUCUGUGAUUGACAGGGGAGAGUGAGAGAGAGUGUGCACAUGCCCCCCCACCCAGAGAGCACGGACUGUUUUGCUGACACGGAUGGGUGUGACGUCAUCGGGAUUUGAACUCGCUAUCUACUGAAGACAAGGAAGUGACCGUGAGGCCUUACAGACACGCUGCGCUUUGUGUCGCUUUCACGGAGAAUCCGAAAUCUGCUAACACAUGCGCUUCCUUUGAAGAUUAACUACCUCUGGGGCAUUGGGGAGGAACUCUAGACGGGAUCUGGAUAAGUUUCCCAGCAGCAGCAGCAGCAGCGGUGUGUUAUCUCUCUGACAGACUGGAUCUGUCAGCCUGCUAGUGUUCAGUCUGUGCCAAGGCUCCAUCGUCCUGUAGCUGGACAUUCGCCUUUUCACUUUCCUUACUGUUGACCAGUGGACCGUUACUAUUAUCACAAUCAUACUGUGGGAUUGUUUUUUCUUCACCUUUUUAAAAGUUUCUAUUUUUUAUUAGAGGUCUAUAUACACAAAAAAAAGGAAAUACAAUAGAAAGCUAUAAGGAUUUUUUUUCCACUUCCGUUUGAAGGAUAUAUUAUGCACUUUUGGGAUUUUUUUCAGGAUUUAUGGUUACUUGUGGUGUGAAGAGAAAGAUUUUAUCUUUAACUCUCUUGCAUAAAAUAAUAUAGCAGCAACACAUUGAUCCUGUUUUUUUGUUUGUUUGUUUGUUAUUGUUGGAUUUUUUUCCCCACGUUGUGAGCAACAGCAGUGCUGCACAUCUCGUUCAGACAUCAAGCUUCUGUCUCUCUCUCCUCGUUUCUCUGCCACGAUAAGGAAUACUGACAUGACUCUCUGGCUCCUGGAGCAUUUAAGCUAUCAAUUUACUUGAGAAAAAAAAAGUUUCUGCGGUUGUACAUCCGGGCAGAAAUCAUUAUCGAUCAAAUCAAAAUAAAGGCAAACAGAGAGAGUCUUUGCCAAGCCCGUGGUGGGAAAAGGGCACUUCCUGGCCGUGUCCACUACUUAUGUAUUGUUGCAGCGCUCAAGAAAGUAAAAUGGACUAUAAGCGACGCUUCUUGCUUGGCGGGUCCAAGCAGAAAGCGCAGCAGCAGCAGCAGCACCAGCAAUACCCGCUGCCCGAGCUGAGCCGAGCCCUUAGCGCCCCGCUCGGGACCUCCUGCUCCACCCCGACCCCGCUGGCACCUGUAGGCCCCACCCUUUCCGCUUGCCAUGAUGUUUCAGGCACAAGCAACGCCACAACCGCGAUUGCUGACAUCCAGCAAGGGAUUUCGAAGUACCUGGACGCUCUGAACGUCUUCUGCCGCGCCAGCGCCUUCCUGACGGACCUCUUCGGCAGUGUGUUUCGCAACUCGCGCUACUCCAAAGCUGCCAUGCAGCUCAAGGACGUGCAGGAGCAUGUGAUGGAGGCGGCCGGCCGCCUCACGGCAGCCAUAAAGCCCGAGAUCGCCAAGAUGCUGAUGGAGCUCAGCGCCGGUGCUGCCAACUUCAAAGACCAGAACGACUUCAGCCUUCAGGAUGUGGAGGUACUGGGCCGCUGUUUUCUGACUGUGAUGCAAGUUCAUUUCCAGUUCCUGUCUCAGGCCCUGCAGAAAGUGCAGCCGGUGGCGCAGUCGUGCCUGGCGGAGGCGCUGGCGCAGGUGCAGGAGCGCUGCACAGGAGCUCGCAGUCAGCCCGGAGCUCUCAGCGAGCUGGACGAGGCGGCACGCUCAUGGAAAGGGGCAGCAGAGGCCACGGCGCGUCUACGAGAGCGAGGCCGUGACGGCUGUCUGGCUGGUUUUCAGGUGCAGCAGCUCUUCUGCUCCCACAGCCCUUCUCUCCCGGACCAGCAGCUCAAAGAGCUCAACCUGAAGAUAAACAGCGCUCUGCAGGCAUACAGAUCUGCGCUGGACUCUCUGGGUCACUGUGAGUACGCUCUCAAAGGAGGCUUUCACCUGAAACCCAAAGCUAUAGAAGCCGCGUUACAGGGUUGCUGUAGUGAGGCUGAGGCUCAGCAGGCAGGCCGAAUGCAGACCACAUCUCAGCCACUCCAGUGCGAGUUACCCACAAUCCCCCUGCAGAUCGGCUCACACUUCCUCAAAGGAGUCUCCUUCAACGAGUCGGCCGCCGACAACCUCAAACUCAAAACGCACACCAUGUUACAGCUCAUUAAGGAGGCAUCGGGGCAGAACGGCGUGUCGGCACGUGAUGACUCACCCGUGACUGAGGUGCUGAACCUGGUGUGUCCCUCCACCUGGAGAGGGGCGUGCAAAACUGCCGUGCAGCUGCUGUUCGGACAGGCCGGACUGGUCGUGGUAGACACGGCUCAGAUUGAGAAUAAAGAGGCAUACGCUCCACAGAUUACCUUAGAAGGAUCCAGGGUUGUAGUGCAGGUUCCUUCCACAUGGUGUCUGAAGGAGGACCCGGCCACCAUGUCUCUGCUGCAGCGCAGUCUGGACCCGGAGAAAACCCUCGGCCUGGUGGACGUCCUCUACACCACCGUGUUCGACCUCAACCGCUGGAAAGAGCGCAAGGAACAAGCCCUUCCCACCAUUCAGAUCCAGCUUCAGAGGGACAGCUCUGAUUACACCGUCCCUGCCGACCUCCACCCUGGCAACAGCAGCAAGUCCUCCAGCGGCCUGCCCAAGACCAUUUCCAAACUCACCUCUAAGUUCACCAAAAAGGCUUCGUCCAGCUCUGGAAGUGGUGGAAGCUUCUCCAUCCCCAGCACGCCCUCUCGAAGCACAAGCGGCGUCGAUGAUAAACCCAAAGCGCCAUCCCAAAUUCUUCAAAUGACCGCGUCAGGUACCGGUGACUCUGGCCAGCAUGCGGCCAAUGGUUCAACUCCGGAGGAGCAGGGUAUGAAUCUGCCUACGGACCAGGAAAUGCAGGACGUGAUCGACUUUCUGUCCGGCUUCAACAUGGGAAAGUCACAGCAGGCCUCGCCGCUGGUCAAGAGGAGGAACUCGGUCGCCUCCAGCAACGCCGCUGACCUGAAACCACCUGGCUCUGUGGCCCCACCCACUUCACAGGCUCCUGUUCUGCACGCUGCAAUCCCAUUGGCUCAGAAUCUGCCUCAACAGCCACAACAGCAGCAGCAGCAGCAGCAGCAACCUCCUCAGCUCCCAACUACACCCAAACAGCAGCAACAAACCACAGUUCCUCCACAACCACAAGCCCCACCGCAGCCUUCACCUUCCCCACAGACCCUGCAGUACUACCAGCACCUCCUGCAGCAAUCCCAGCAGCCCUCGCCCGUCUCACCACAGCUCCCCUCACAGCAGCCCCAGACUCUUCCCCCGCAGCAGAGGGCACCCGGAAAGUGGCCCCAGGCUCCCCCAGGCGGGCUCUCGCCCAUCAGUCACAUGACUCAGUGGACUUUGCCGGACCUGAGCUCUGACCUGUACAGCCUGGGGUUGGUCAGCACCUACAUGGACAGCAUGAUGUCAGAGGUGCUGGGUCACAAGGCGCCGCCAGGGCCACGCAACAACACCUGGCCUAAUCGUGAGCAGAGUGAGCAGGGCAUGUUCGGGGUGCUGGGUGACACGAUACCCUUUGACCCUGCAGUUGGCUCAGAUCCGGAGUUUGUGCGUUACGUCGCCGGGGUCAACCAGGCCAUGCAGCAGAAGAGGCAAGCACAGCAUGUCCGUCGUCCUAGCAACCCCCGUAGCAACUGGCCCCUCCCAGACGACCAGCACAGGACCUGGUCCCACCCAGAAUACUAUAGCGAGGGGGAGGCAGUGAACAGUACCUGGUCAGCCAAUCAGGGUGACUCUGCCAGCUCGAGUGAUGAAACCUCCUCAGCCAAUGGGGACAGCCUGUUCUCCAUGUUCUCUGGUCCCGACCUGGUAGCUGCAGUCAAGCCAAGAAGAAAACACAGCUGUGGUGAGCAGGAAGUGUGUACGCUGCCCUCUCCUCCUCUCCACCACGCCAGUGAUGACAAUAACCAGGACAGCAAAACUAAAACAUGGCCUCCGAAGGCACCGUGGCAGCACUCCACCCACUCCAACACGAUGCCCAAUCCCAGCUCUUCCCUCUAUCAAAUGACGAUACCUUCCAGCCAGUGGGGUGACUCCAUGCAAAUGCUGCAGUCUCCGGUUUGGUCAACAGCCAAUGAGUGCUCUCCUUCCAGCAGCCUCUCGUCCGGCUUCCCGUUCACUCAGCAGCAGCAGCAGCAGCAGCAGCAGGUCUCGCAGCAUAAAGCUCUGAGUAAAGGCUUUAAGAACUUCCCUCUGAAACCUGAGCACCGGCCCUCGUACCUGCACCAGUACUGACUCCGCCCUCCACCGCCUCGCCCCGCACUACGGCCUUCCUCUUAAUCGCUGUUCUGAGACCAGGGAGCGUAAACAUGACGUUUAGGGCUCAGUAAGCUAUAGACUGGUCCUAGAUCAGCGGUUAAGGGUUUUGCGUUAUGCCACGGUUGGAGUCGGUGCUGGUGUAAAGAUGAGAUCGCGCCAUCACUCCAUCUAAAGGGGGGUCAGUGAUCAGGAAAGUUGGACAGGACUAACGGAUGAGGUCAGGUGGAUGGCGACACCAUCACACCCCUGCUCAUGUGCUUAGUACACACCCGUAGCCGACACUUUACUCUGGACCGUACUGCGAUUCCCAAUUUUGAUAGUCCUUUAGACGAGUGUGUUUUUAUAGGCGAGUUUAUAUCGAACAUUGUGGCAUAUAUAUAUUUUUUUUGUAUUUGUCAGAUCCACGUGAGUCCCCGGUUUUCCUAACUGCCAUUUGCGCCGAUUUAGUGCAUGAUUCCCGCUUCCAGCAGCUAGUGAAGUUGUCGCUUGAGCUUCCGCUCCACAAAAUGCUCGAGUCUAGAAAUUCCCAAGUACGUCUGCCAAGAUUAUAAAACAGCUCUCACUGGGAAUUCUCGAGUUUAUUUCCAGGCUGCCGUGGACUCGUCGAGAGCGGAUCGCGUGACGUGCAUGGCCGCCGAACACCGUGCGUGCGUGCGUGUGUGGGCCUAACAGGACGCAACCUGUGACCAUACUGUGUCGGUGAGGGACGGGAGGGGGUUAAAAAAAAAAAAAAAGCUGUAACUGCCAAAUCUCGUGUCGGAUCACUUAGACUACAGCUCCCAGCUACUGUUCCAUAGCGUGUAAAUGACUCCGAAGAAAAAUAUUAAUAAUUCUUUUUAUGAAGAAGCUUUGAGCAGGCUCAGCAGAAAUAUAAUAAUCAUAGCAGAUGUGUAAUUUGAAAAGAAAUACACUACUUUUUCAACAUCUGACAAAGUUUAAAACAAACAAACAAAAAAAAAACGUUCGCAGUAAGUAAACUAUGUGCCAUGUUGAUAUUAAUAGCACUUGCGUAACUUUUUUUUUCUUUCUUUCUUUCUUUUCUCCAACCAAAGCGUUGUUCAGUCAGUGAAAGGUGCUUGAUGGAAGCAGAUGGAGUCUAGUAACCUUUAAAGAAAAGAAGCUAGAUGCCCUGUUCCGUUCAUCAUACGCUCAUUUUCUGUUCUGAUUGGCUCUUGGCGACACUUAACACUAAAAAGCAGCAUAACAUCACAUCUGUUCCUUUGAAAUACAAUAUAUUUCUUGUUAAAGAUAUUGACAGUAUUAAUCUUAUUUUUGUAUUUUCUUAUGUUAUACCGUUACUGUAUAUGUUAACGUAAUAUAGGCUUAUUAAGUAAAGCGUUAUUUUUUCCCCCCCAAGAUGUGAAAAGCACAUUUCCUUUGAACUAUCUACAAAAAGAUUACCAAAUACAAGUAACAUCACAAACACUAAAGCCGAUUAUUAGAUUGGGGUGGUUUUGGUUUGUUUGCUUUUUGUUUUUUUUUUCCUUUUAAACCCUUUUUUGUCCCCUUCAGUUUCUCCGGCUGUGGGCUGCAUUGCAUUUAAACUGCCCAGGAUAUUUUUUUUUUGUGAUGUUUGUGGAUGCCAAUGUUGCCUGUAUUUAUGAUAUGACCAUGUUUUCUGAAACUAACAUACUUAACAUGUUUACAGAGAAUCGUUUGCUGUAUAUAAAAUAUAUAUCUUUUUAUAGUUCUGUGCUUUGCACAAUCAAAACAUAGGGGUUGUUGCUUGGUCUGUGUUCUCUCCCAAAACUGUUGCAGCCUUUUUUUUUUUUUUUUUUUUUAAAAGACAUCUUUAAAGACCUUGGACUGUAAACAUUAGCAUUACUCAGCUGUGUCAGAAAUGGUUUACUAGUGGCUUCACAAAUAAUUACAAGUUCGAGACGAUACGAUGUGAGACAUGAUGCUGUCGGAUGACGUGAAGGGGGAUCGCUUGGCUUACGUUGCUUAUUCACUAGAGCUGGCGUCUGAAUCUUUCCAAGUGUACCAGCAAUGCAAAAAAAUAAAUAAACAUAAUACAGAA